AGAGUUGUUGAUUUGGUAGUAAAGCUAGUUUGUGGUCAACACAGCUGUGGCCUCGUUGUCCCGCACUACCAGCUGGGCGUAGGUUGUAUUUAGUCAUUUUUGCAUUUUUUGCACGACUCUUUAUCUUUAACUGAACCUUGGUGUGACAAGAGGUUCGAAAAUGGUCUUGUCAACGUCCCAGCAAGUCGCCCUGGCGUUCACGGGGGUGCUGUUCACGUUUGUCGUCCUGCCAAAGAUGUUCGGCGUCGGUACUGGGGCGAAGGAGUCGAGGCUCGACCCUCGUUACUCCAGAAAAGGAGGUCCUGGCCCGGGUACACUUCGAGUUCCAGCCUCCGACAAGGUCGCCCCCAACUCGCAUCAGUCGGCCGAGAGCAUGCUGCAGAUGAAGAAGCUGAUGGAGCAGGAGAUGAAGGGCGACAAAUUCAAAUCCAACAACAACAGCAAAGGCUACGUCUUCACGCUCAUGCCCUUGUAUGCCAUCGGAGUUGGAGUAUUUGCGGCAUACAAGUUUUUGAAGCAAGAAGUGGAGAUGGAGGACAGUAUUUCCCAAGUGAUCAAAAGAUUUUGGAUUAAGUCUUCAGAUGACCAAGCGCAAAAGGAUACAUUUGCAAAAGGGGCCAAAAAAUCGGCGGAGGCAGAGAACCAGUUGAACGAACUGGAACAAAGGCUGGCCCAAACAGAAAGGAUGCUUAAUUCUAUUCUCACCCAACUUGACCCGCUCACAAACUGUACAAAAUCUGUGGCCCAGGAGCAGAAGAAUGAGAUCAUGACCCAACUCCAAACCAUUCGCUACCUGAUGAAAAAGAGAGGAAUGGACUGUCCGCCUUUGAAUGAGGCCUGCUUCGAGCAGAGCCUGGACAACCUCAUCGAAACAUUGGGCGCCGGCGAGACUCCUCCAGCCAGCGACACCAACACCGAUAAAACCUCCGAAAAGCCACAAGACGUAGCCGAAGGCGGCGGCGUGAAGAAACCAAACUCGGAGGAGGAAGAGGUUGAAAGGAAAGAUGAUGAUGAUGACAUGGAGGAAACUGAGGAGGCUGAAAAAGACGAGGAGGAGGAGGAAGGAUACGAGGAGUUUGAUUUCAUGCCUUCGCAUGACAACACAAAGUGUGAGGAAAGCGGUAAAGUGAAACAGCCGUGCGGCCUCAGGCGCCGCAAUCUUCCCGAAUGAACUUCUUGCAGGAUAAAACGUCCUCUAUGUAAUUAUCGUAUUUAUUAUAUGAAUAUUAUUCACAAAAAUUCGUCCGAAAAAAAAACUUUCAAUCACUAAGAACAGGGCUUGAGUAGUUGUUGCUGAUAUCAUGUAAGUGCAGUCAGCAGCUGUUAUUAAAUGUGAAAAUUGUUCAAGGAAAAAAAAAAAAUUCGAUGUGCCUUUUUAAAGAAUUAUAUGGACUCACAAAAAAAAAAA